UCGUGAGGAGCUGGGGUCCGGGGGGGCCGGUGCCGCCUCCGCAGCGCGGGGGGGUGCGGGGCGGCGGCAGGUGGGAGCCCCGGGGCAAGCCAGGACCCGGGUGGGCAGCGGCCCACGGGCACGCAGUGACACGGGGUGACAAAGCCACCCGUGCCGUGACACCGGGCGAGGAGCCAGCCCACUGCGUGCUGUGGCAGCGGGUGGCCGGAGCCAGCCCAUGAUGUGCGUGGUGACAGUGGGUGACCAAAGCCACCCCACAACAUGACACUGCGUGACCAAAGCCACUCUACGCCGUGACACCGGGUGACCAAAGCCACCCCACACUGUGACACUGCAUGACCAAAGCCACUCUACGCCAUGACACCAGUGACAACGCCACCCCACACCGUGACGCUGCGUGACCAAAGCCACUCUACGCUGUGACACCGGGUGACCAAGCCACCCCGCGCCGUGAUGCCAGGCGAGCAGUGAGCCCAGCGCAUGCCAUGUCACUGGGUAACAGCCCGCCCCACGCUGUGACACUGGGUGAGCAGUGAGCCUGGUGCCUGCUGUGACACUGGGUGACCAAAGCCACCCCCUGCCACCACACCGGUGACCCAGCCACCCUGCACCGUGACACCAAGUGAGCAGUGAGCCUGGUGCCUGCCGUGACACUGGGUGACCAAGCCACCCUGUACCGUGACAACAGAUGACUGAGCUGUUCUGUGCCGUGACAGCAGGCAAGCAGCAAGCCUGGCACUUGCGGUGACACCGGGUGACCGAAGCCACCCUAUCCCACAUGCUGUGACACUGGGUGACAAGGCCACCCCACUCUGCAAUACCGGGUGUCUGAAGCCGCCCUGCACCGUGACACCAGGUGAGCAGCUGGCCCGGCGCAUGCUGUGACACCGGGUGACCAAAGCCACCCUGUGCAAGCCAGCCCCGUGUGCCGGUGCCGUGUCCCCUGCACCCGUGUGACACCGCGGGGCAGAGCGUGGCCAUGGGGGCCCUCGGGGGGCCGGGGGCCCCGCUGCUGCUGGCCCUGGCGCUGCUGGCACCCUGGGGGUCUGCGGGUGGGAGCUGCCCCCCGCGCUGCAUCUGCGCCUCCAACAUCCUGAGCUGCUCGCAGGCGGUGCUGAGCGCCGUGCCGGCACCGCUGCCCCGCUUCACUGCCGUCCUCGACCUCAGCCACAACAAUGUCAGCCGGCUGCGCGCCGACUGGGCGCCGGGGCGCCUGGCCCACCUGCACGCCCUGCUGCUCAGCCACAACGGGCUCUCCUUCGUCUCCACCGAAGCCUUCAGCCACGUACCCCACCUGCGGCACCUGGACCUCUCCUCCAACCGCCUCCGGGCGCUGGAGGAGAACCUCUUCAGCGACCUGGCUGAGCUGGAGGUGCUGCUGCUCUACAACAACGAGAUCUCCGCCGUGGAUCGCACCGCCUUCGACAACCUGGGCCGCCUCCGCAAGCUCUACCUGGGCCAGAACCGCAUCGCCCGCUUCCCGCUGGAGCUGCUGCGGGACGGCAGCCGCCUGCCCCAGCUCGCCCUGCUCGACCUCUCGGCCAACCGCCUGCGCAGCGUGCCCGUGGGCGAGCUGCAGGCGCUGCCCGCCUGGCUGCGCGACCGCCUCUACCUGCACGGCAACCCACUGGCCUGCGACUGCCCGCUCUUCCAACUGGUGGCCCGCGGCCACCGGCGCCGCCUCAGCGCCGUGCUGGAUUUCCAGGAGGAGCUGCGGUGCCACCUGCCCAGCGCCCCGACGCCCGUCGGCAUCCUCGCUCUGGCCGGCCGGCAGCCCCUCAACUGCAGCGAGGCGCGGGAAGCGGUGCUGGAAGCCCACCUGGGUGACACCGUCACCCUCAGCUGCGACACCCGGUUGCGGGGGGUGCGUAGCCGGCACUGGGUGACGCCGGGAGGCGAACGGGUGCUGGAGGAAGGGGGGAACGGCAGCGCUGCCCUCCUGGCCAACGGCAGCCUGCAGCUGCGGGCGCUGCGCCCCGAGGACGCCGGCACCUACGCCUGCUGGGUGGCGGGUCCCCUCCUCAACGAGACCCUUUACGUGGAGCUGCUGGUGCACAACUUCACCCUGCACGGUCCCCACGACACCCUAAACACCGCCUACACCACGCUGGUGGGCUGCAUCCUGAGCGUGGUGCUGGUGCUCAUCUACCUGUACCUCACCCCCUGCCGCUGCUGCUGCUGCCGCAGCACCGACAAGCCCCCGGCACCCCGCGACGACAGCAUCAACUCCUCGGUCCUCAGCACCACCCCCAACCAUGCCCGUGUUCCCGGGGAGCCCUGCCGGUCCCGCUCAGCCUCCACCGCCAGCCCGGGGCAGAACGGCAGGUUCAAGGUCGGGGGGACCCCCCAGCUGCCCCCCCGGCACGGCCCCAAGGCGCAGAGGAAGGUGUCGGAUCCGGACUCGGUCAGCUCAGUCUUCUCCGACACCCCCAUCGUGGUGUAGGGGACCGUCCCCAGGGACGCCCCCUGUCCCCACUGCCGCUGGGACCCCUUCCCGACGGAUGCGCUGCGGGCAGGAGGGGCAGCCCGGCCCCCCCCGCCCCCGCCACAUCCCCAGCUUGUGGGGGGACGCGCCAUUGCCCCCCUGGACUGAGCAUCGCCGCUGGCCACCCACACUGGCUUCCGCCAAGGUCACUGCCACCGCGCUGGCACCACGAGGGACAGGGGGUCUCCGGUGGGAGCAGCGUGGCCGCAGAGCAGGGGGGGCACCGGCCCCGCUGCCCACCGGGUGCCGAAGGACUGGGGGUGACAGUGACAGUGCCGGCUCAGUGGGUGCCCCCCAGGGAUGGCAGCAGCAGGGGCACCCCCAGGCACUGGGAGGGGGGCACCUGCCCCCUCCCCACGGUGCCAGCCCCUCCCCGUGCCCCCCCGGCAUGUGUAUCGUGAAGCAUGAGUCCAACCGAGCAGCAUGUGCCACCCCGGCCAGCGCUCGGCUUAGGGGGGACACGAGGGGCAUGUCACCCCCAGGGUGCAACUGCCCCCCCCAGCCCCCGCCCCGUGCAGCCCACAGCCACAAGCAGAGCCCCCCCCCCCCCCCCCGCAGGGAGUGGGAUCCUCGGGGGCUCCGGCACCCCAAAUGGGGGGUACCCCCUGCACCCCCUGGCCCUGCGCCCCAACAGCCCAGCCUGUGUCCCCCAUGUGUGUCCCCCCAGGCCGUGUCCCCCCCCCCCGCGCUGGCAGCUGCCCGCUGAUGCCUUGGCCAAAAUAAACGUGUUUCCCCGUGGUGCCUGCGCAGCCCUCGCAGUUCCGGGGUGCUGAAGGGUCCUUGGGAUGGGGACCCCUCACUGGGCAGGGGGGGGUCAGGGACAGGGACAGCGCCACCACACCAGCCUGGCGGGACCCCCCCCCGACCCCCCAGGAUGGGGAGC